GAAGAAAAUUUCAGAUCAUUCGCAACUAUGUUUCGUCAAAAAGGUGCUUACUACGGAUUGAAUUUGGUGGAUUCACCAGCUAUUCUUUUUACAAAAAAUAUCGAUUUGGCGCGAAAUGAAAUGGAAGAUUGGUUGGGAAUUGAUUCAGAACCAGCUGAAAUACUUGUUAUUUUUUUCAAUGACAGCGGUACGCCAUUUUUUGUUUAUUCAGACGAAGUAGAGGAAACAGUAAGAGAAGCUAUACAAGAGCAAAAAAUCUUGCUCUAUGAACAAAGCAGCUGUAACUUACUUCGUUGUGCAAAUGAAGAAACGGAGAUUAUGCUGACGUGCUGGAUUAAAGAAGUUCGUGAUUUGCUGUAUCAAAAAGUUUCCUAUGAUUCAUCACAUUCUGCAAUUGAAGCUAAAUCAUUCAAAACAGAUCCUGUUGCGGAAAAUGAAGAAGAAUUAGCGUUAGAUUGCAUCACUUCGAAUGGAGAUAAAAGACAAAGAUCUGUAGACGAUGAAAAAAGCCAGUACAAGGAUGAUCUUCUCAAUUUUUCUGAUGUUAAGGAGAUUUUAGUGGAUUUAAAGAUUCAAAAAUCACUAAAAGAUUUGGAUUUGAUAUCACGUAUCGAUAGUCCAGCUCUUCUCAAUAGACUUUAUAUUCCAUUCAGUGAUAGGGAACAGAAUGGCCAGUUGCUUACUCUUCUUUCAACAGUGGUCAAGACAGAACUUCCUCAUCUCCAAAAUACUGUUGUUUCUUUUAUAGAAAAAAUCCUUGCAUCAGGGUUAAUCAUUUUUUUAAAUGCUAUCGUUUAUAAAGACUUCACAUAUUUCAUGGAGCAUAUUCCGGAAAACUGCUGGUCAUCCAUUGAUGAAGAACAGAAAAUAACAGUUUUUAAGAUGCUUCAGAAAUUGGCAGUAUGUUUCACUGAAACAUUUUAUGUAAAUAAAUUAGAAGUUUCUGAAAAUAUGUCAGUAUCAUCUGUCAAAAAACGAGAUGACUUGGAAGAGUACAAGUUAGCAUGGAUAGAUAAUGAAACUGUCGAGCCUCCUGAAGACUUUCGGACAUUAUCAGUAUUCCCUAGCACUGAAGAUUUACUCCAUCCCGUUCGACCUUAUAUUCGACGAAAUAUUGUUGAAGGAAGUUAUGUAAAUCAAGAACAUUACCUCGAUGUACAGUUUCGUUUACUUCGUGAGGAUUUUACUGGUCCAUUACGAGAUGGUAUCAAGGCUUGGAAGGAACGAAAGGGAAACGGAGCUUUUUUGUCUCAUGCUCUGGAUGCGAAUGAGGAACUUGAUCUGUUUGUAUUAAGUGGUGUGAAGAUUGAAGGAGCUCAGCUAAAACGAGUCUCGGGCGAGAUCUUACGUUACAUAGUUUUUCAGCCCAUUGAUGCUGACAGUCACUGGAGUUCACGACUGAAGUUUGGGCAGUUAGUUAUUCUGUCAAGCGAUGGAUUUGAAAAGGAAGUUUUGCUCGCUACUGUUGCUGAGAAGGAUAUGGAUGACUAUGCAAGAGGCAAAUUGGGACUUUGUUUUUUUGAUGACCAUUCAGUUUCGCGGACUAAAAUUUACACUUUGGUGGAAUCAAACUCUUACUAUGAAAUGUACCAACAUGUUUUAGAAUGCGUGAAGGAUUUAGCAGAAUUUUUGAUCAGUAAUAAAUAUAUUUUAACAUUUUCAAAGCGUUUUGAUGCAAAUUACGACAUCCCAUUUGGACGCUACUUAAUAAAAGCUGAACCGGAUGUGAAACUUCCAUCGUAUCUUGCUGAAAAAGUUGCAAGUGAUCGUUCUGAUUCCUCAGAUUCGUCAUCAACUGAAUAUACUGAUGAUAGCUACUCCGAUUCUUCAUGUGGUAACAAAAAAAUAAGUAUUUUUGGAGUGAAGUAUGAGUUGGAUAACUUGAAAUAUACCCUUGAUGGAGAUAAAGUAGGUGAUGGUUUGGAUGAUGCUCAGCGGAAUGCUUUAUGUCAUGCUCUAACUCAUGAAAUUGCUCUAAUUCAAGGACCUCCUGGAACAGCCCGGCGGAAUCCUAUUUUGGUAGUGUGUUAUACGAAUCAUGCUUUGGAUCAGUUCUUGGAAGGUGUUUUAGCAGAUUUAAUAACUGAUGGGCGCUAUAGCAGUGAAUUGCCUAGUAUUGUCAGACUUGGUUCACGUUGUAGAAGCGAUAUUUUGCAGAAUUAUUCAAGACAGAAAGUGGUAGAUGAUUACGAUCAUUUAAUUCCCACUGAAGAAAAAAAAAAGACAAACAUUGUAACGUCCAAAAAAGCCAAACUAUUGGGAACAAUCCGUACUCAAGUAUCUGUACUCACACUACGUAAAAAAGAAAUUUUAUCGUUUAAAUAUGUUCAAAAGGCAAUGCUACCAGAACAUGCCCAACAGUUCAAAUCACAAGGGAAAGUCGAAGAAUUAUUUUGCAUGUGGCUUCUAGAGGGCUGUGGUGAUAUAAGUAGCCAUACAAGCGAAGAGAGCACUGAUGAAAUUUCAGAUGAUCUUGAGGACAUAUUGUUUUCUGAAAAUGAGAGUUCUGAAAUACCUGUAAUGUGGUCCAUGGAUGAAACUCUUUUAACCGAAGAACAUAAAGUCAGUGAAAUUAUUGAUAACUUUGAGACAGAUGAACAAAUGACUUGGAAAGAAAUGCAGGAACAGUUGCUCAAAGCUGAUCCAGAUAAUGAGGAAUAUUAUUGUACUGGCGUUUGGGACAUUAAUAAGGAUCCAAAUCCCACUUAUACUUCUUCAGUUACAAUUUUACAGGAGAGCGUUUCUAAAGAUUUGAGUCCACCUUUAACAGCUGAAGAAGCUUCAUCGAUAUACAACCUUCAAACAUUACAUAGAGAACGACGAUGGGCGUUAUAUAUGUAUUGGAUUAAUGAAUUGAAAGUGAUCACGAUUAAAAAAUUGGAUGAGUUGCUAAAAUUGUAUCAAGCUGAAACAGAAAUUGUCCAAGCAAGAUUUGAUGAUAUGCAUCAAAUUGUCUUACAAAAAGCGCUGAUUAUUGGUGCAACUACAACGGGUGCAGCGAAAAAACGAUUGUUUUUAGAUCGUCUUGCAUGUCCAAUUGUUGUGGUUGAAGAGGCGGCAGAAGUGCUGGAGGCUCAUGUUUUGACAAGUAUAACAAAGGACUGUCAGCAUGCAAUUCUUAUUGGUGAUCAUCAACAAUUACGACCGCAUCCGUCUGUUUUUGCACUUGCUCGGGAAUAUAAAUUGGAUAUAUCACUGUUUGAAAGACUGAUUAAAAAUAAAUUUCCAAAUGCUGUAUUAGAAAGACAACAUCGUAUGGCUCUUUUGAUUUCGAAUACUCUAAUGCCUGAAUUUUACCCCUUAAUGGAGGAUGCUGACAAUGUUCGUAGCUAUCCAGAUGUCAAGGGAUGCAAUAAAAAUUUAUAUUUCAUUAGCCACCAGCAUGAAGAAGAUAUUGUUCUUUCAACUUCACGUAAAAAUUCAUUUGAAGGCGAUUUCAUGUUAAAUUUAGCCAAUUACUUUGUUCAGCAAGGCUAUUGCUGCUCGCAGAUCACCUUACUGUGUGCAUACACAUCUCAGGCAAGUUAUGUGAGAACACAAGCUAUAUCUAGAUUCGGCUGUGAUAGUUUUCCAGAUGUGGAAACUGUUGAUAAUUAUCAAGGAUAUGAAAAUGACAUAAUUAUUCUGUCUCUUGUUCGUUCACAACCAAGUGAUUCUAUUGGAUUUCUAGGGCUUCCAAAUCGUGUCUGCGUUGCUUUAUCACGGGCUAGACUUGGCUUGUAUAUAGUAGGUAAUAUGCAAUUCUUGCGUUCUAAUUCAACUUUAUGGAAUCGUCUUUGUAUAUCUUUGAUCGAAGCUGGCUGUAUUGGUGACGGUUUUCCUGCUUUUUGCUCGAAACAUGAUGUCUAUUUUUUCUUUCGACGAGAAAUGAAGACGAUUUUUCAGAUCAUCUGUAGCGCUGAAGAUUUUAAUUUAUUAAGUCCUGAAGGUGGUUGCUACUAUUCUUGUGACUUUGUAUUGCCCUGUGGCCAUGUAUGUAAUAAGCCUUGUCAUAGGUCGGAUUCACUACAUGAAGGAAUGUGCACAAAUGCAUGUCUGAGAACUUGUUCAACAGUUUUUCGACAUCCAUGUUUAAAAAUGUGUGGGGAAGUAAAAUAUUUCCAAUGUGGGCCGUGUGAAUCGUUUGAAAACAAGGUAUUUGUCUGUGGACACUCGAACAAAGUUAUUUGUUAUUUGUUCGAUAAGGCAGUUUGCAAUCAAAAAUGUCCGAAAAAGCUAGCCUGUGGUCAUCAGUGUAUGAAGAGAUGUAAUGAACAAUGCAAAUGCUCAUAUGUUAGUUUAUGUGAUUUGUCAAUAUCUCUGCUAAAUAUUAAUAUGUUAUUAGCUUGUGGCCAUAUUAUUAAAGCUUCAUGUUCCGACAAAAAAGAAGUGAAAUGUCGGAUGAGCAUAGAAAUUACGUUGCCUCAUUGUACUCAUCGCCAAGUAGUGCUGUGUUGUGAUUCUAAAAAUGCAGUCUGUAAUAGUUUAUGUAGGCGAAUUUUACCCUGUGGUCAUUUCUGUCAGUCGGUCUGCGGCAAUUGCACAUUAUUGGGAUGCAGCAGUUGCAGUUCUGUUUGCGGUCGACGACUUUCUUGUGGCCAUGUAUGUAAGCGUUCAUGUGGACUACUUUGUGAACCCUGCCAUGCUCCAUGUGCAAAUCAAUGCGCACAUGGUCCUUGCAGUGGGCAAACUGACGUUCAAAAUCAAAAAGCAAUCUGUGGCGAUCUUUGUCGAUUUUGUGUUCAGCCUUGUGCAAAUACUUGCAAACACAGAUCUUGUUUGAUGCAGUGCUGGCAAGUUUGUAACAUAAGUCCUUGUGAUUAUCCAUGUGAUAAAAAACUCAAGUGUGGUCAUGCAUGUCUUAGUCUUUGUGGAGAGAUUUGCCCAGGUGAUGAUAUCACUAAAUUAUAUAUUUGCGCCAAAUGCGAGAAUAUGAAAUACCCUGUUUUGCAGUUUCAAGGAUGUAAAUGUAUUAUCGCUGUAGAGGAAGCAGAUUUCCAUAUCAGUAAGCAAACAUCAAAUGCGGAAGCGUAUACAUGUCCUAAAUGUAAUUCUAAACUUCCCGCAAAUUGCUGUUUUCGAUAUGCGAAACAGCUAAAAAAACAGAUUAAUAUGCGCGAAAAUGAGGAUCUACCAUCAGAUGCGCAAAUAAAUCUUUUGAAAGAAGCUCAAAGUCUUCUGAGUGAAUUGAAUGCAACAAAAGACAAGAAGAGGGCCCUUCUUUCCAUGCAGAUAGCUGAAAUAUUGGAAUUGGUCGCUCUAACUCUUGAAAAAUAUACUUAUGGCAGUUCAGCUAUUGUAGUGUGGCAAAAAUUAAUGAACAUAUUUUCCGAUCUAUGUCAGUUAGUUUUGCACAAGGUCAAUGAGAAAUUGAAGACUGUUCCUCAGAAACGUUUCUCUAAUCUUUAUAAAAUCAUCAAUGACACCUUCGGAGUUGCAAACAAUAUUCUUUUGGUUCUGGAAAAUGAUGUCAUUGAUCUGCUAAGCUUUGCAGUUUUAUUACAAACAGAAGCACCUUCGAUAUUGCAAGUACCGUUGGAGAACAAAUUGCGAAAAAUCUGCAUCAAAUACAUACUCGCAUGUCUUGCAAAUGAGUUGGUAAAGAAAACGAUUGAUUUGUCAGAAGAGCAACUAAAUGACUUAUUGCGAGUUACAGAGCAAUCCCUGAGCUGGACUAGUGAUGACUUACAAAAAAAAGCAACAAUUCGAUUUAUGAAGUGUGUCGACCGCUUAUAUGAAACUUUCGAAAUGAGACAUAUGUUGGUUCGGGAUUUCCGGUGUUUGGAUUUUCCUUGCUGA